AUGAUUAAUAUAACAAUAAAUAAUUGUUCUUCAUUGUCUUGCUGUAAAGCAGGAAACUCUGGCUCCAUAGCACCUGCCGCCGGCAACUUUGGAGUGUACCCUAGUAUUACUAUACAACAAAGGACCUUUGAGGAUACUUUGUCUUCCCAGAUAACUAUAGAGGAAAGUCUUAGACCGCCAAAGGAAGCAGAAAAAGGGAGAAAUGAUGAAGAUUUCCAACGUCUGCGGUCGGAUGUCUGCCAUUUAGUUCAAGAACUGGAGGCGGCUCGAAGGCUACUGGACUCCAUGUCUACUAAAUUCGAGGAGUAUGCCGAAGAGACAAACGGGCUGAAGAAGAACGUCAUAGCCCAGCAGGAAACGAUUCAGCAGUUGGAAAAGAAGAAUGAAGAGAACGAACGCCAGCUUGAGCUGGCAAACCAGAAUAUGAUGACGCUUCAAGAACAGAUCUCGAGCCAAAACAAGGUCAGAGAAUCAUUAGAAUUUGAAGCGAUCAUGAGAGACAGGAAGAUCGACUCUCUGGAAAAUAUGUUCACUGAGCAGGGAACAAGAAUCGAUGAACUGGAAGCUGACAAGCAAAUGAUGGAGGUACAGAUCGAAGAAAUUCAAGUGAAUAAGGACUUGGAAGUACAAAGCCUCCGGGAAGAAAUCGAGUCGCUCAGAGAAAUAAUACAAGGACUGGAGGAGGAGAGGCCCAAAUGCAAAAUCGACAGUCUACAAUCAGACACCACCCAAUUCGAAACGGAAAUGGAAGAGUCUUCAGUGUGUUUGAUGGAAACUACGUCCUUACACGACAUUCCUGCACAUCUGGAGGAAAGUUUUAGACUGCCGAUGGAAGCAGAAAAAGGGAGAAAUGAUGAUGUCCAACAUCUGCGGUCGGAUGUCUGCCAUUUGGUUCAAGAACUGGAGGCAGCUCGAAAGCUACUGGACUCCAUGACUGCUAAAUUCGAAGAGUAUGGCGAAGAGACAAACGGGCUGAAGAAGAACGUCAUAGCCCAGCAGGAAACGAUUCAGCAGUUGGAAAAGAAGAAUGAAGAGAACGAACGCCAGCUUGAGCUGGCAAACCAGAAUAUGAUGACGCUUCAAGAACAGAUCUCAAGCCAAAACAAGGUCAGAGAAUCAUUAGAAUUUGAAGCGAUCAUGAGAGACAGGAAGAUCGACUCUCUGGAAAAUAUGUUCACUGAGCAGGAAACAAGAAUCGAUGCAUUGGAAACUGACAAGCAAAUGAUGGAGGUACAGAUCGAAGAAAUUCAAGUGGAUAAGGACUUGGAAGUACAAAGCCUCCGGGAAGAAAUCGAGUCGCUUAGAGAAAUAAUACGAGGACUGGAGGAGGAGAGGCCCAAAUGCGAAAUCGACAGUCUACGAUCAGACACCACCCAAUUCGAAACGGAAAUGGAAGAGUCACUAGUGAGUUGGAUAGAAACUACAUCCUUACACGACAUUCCUGCACAUCUAGAAACGGAAAUGGAAGAGUCUCUAGUGAGUGGGAUGGAAACUACGUCCUUACAUGACAUUCCUGCACAUCUGGCUAAAUUGGAGACUGAACAAAUUCAUGAAUGUCCAUGCCAGGACGCACAUGUCCUACCAACAGGUCUCCCAGAUGAGACUGUCGUCGUUCCAAGCCUUAGACAAGAGGAAAAAGAGGCCAUUCCGACUCUGGAGGAAGACAAAACCUCUCCCGUUCCUCAACUUGUACCGGAGGUCAUUCCCACUUUGGAGGAUUACAUACCUGCCACCCAAAGAGAGGCCUCGAAGGAUGACCUCGUCAAGACCCCACGUGACACCACAACUGCCCCGGAUGAGGAACCAUUAGAUCGCAGCCUCAAUAGUCAGACUUCUGCCAUUGAACUUCCAGAGCAACAAUUUGCUUCUGCGAGAUUGGCAUUCAGCAUGGAGAAGCAAAAGUUUCGAGAGGAGAGGGAAGUCUUCAUGCAGGAGAGGGAAGACUUCUCGAAAGAGAAGGCGCAACUCAAAAGAUCCUACAAGAGAAUGGAGAAAAUUGCGAGUAAUCUUGACAUACAGGCAGAAAAACUGAUGUUAGACCAGGAAGUAUAUGAAAGGAAUGCAGAACAGUUGGCCAGACGAGAAAAGGUUCUGGAUGCACAUGAACAACGUCUAGGCAGACUCGAGGAAAUUCUAGAAGAACAGAAAGAAGUGCACCUGCAGUGGGAAGUGGAUCUCCAGGCAGCACAAGAAGAACUGAAACGAGGUAAAGAGGAGUUGCAGCAACGGGAAGGCGACCUGAAUAUGAAACAGAAGAUUUUAGAGGAAAGAGAAGAAGAGUUGAAGCAACUGGAAGAAAAUAUGAAAAAAGUAAUGCAAGAGUGCCAGGAAUUGGAAGAUGAUGUGACGUUAAUGACCAAGAUAUUGCAGCAGGAAAAUAGUCUGUUAAAGAGAAAGGAGCAUCUUGAUGUCUGGCGAGUUUCCCCCAACUCGUCAGGAUGA